AUGUCUUCCCAGACUAUCCGCAACAAGAGUUACACUCGUCGCGACAAACGCGACUAUCAUGGUUACAUCCAUGACAGACGCUGUCGUCUUGAUAGUUCUCCUGUUGAGGGCGGUUUCAAGAUCCACGGCUACACAUCCGAUCUGGUUGUCGCCAUUCCGGCAGGCUCCGCCAAUCGUAUCAGGAAAGAGGGCCCCAUUGGACUCCAGUCGACCAUACUUCAUGGGCAAAUUCGAUGA